UCGAAAUUACUUAAGGUCUAGAUUUGUAUUCAAGUAUUUUGUGUUAGUUCUUAAGAAUAACCUUGGGUUUUAUAUACUGCAAAAAUUACCUCCAUUAAAUAAGAUGCCCAAAUUAAUAUUUAAGAAACAAUCGAGGAAAUAAUUAGACUCAAUUGUGGUGGACAACCUAAAUGCAGAAAAAAUAAAGUAUGGAAGGAAAUUCCGUCAAGUACAAGCAGAUAAGUUGAACCGAAGGUUUCCUCUUUGCACAAAAUGAAGAAUCCGUAUUUUUCCUUGUUUUCCUGUUUUUCGCUUUCGAGUGUUAUUGCAUUUUAUUUCACUUCAUGAUAAGCCAGUAGAUGACUCUAUACAGGCAUAGCGGCUUAUUUAAUAGGCAGGGAUUAGAUACGGUUUAUGAAGACUACUUUGUUUUGUUGUUGAGCUCGCCGCUGUUGACAACACGUCAGUUCAUUGACACACAGAGAACAAACAAAAACGUAGGGCGCUCGCGGCCGAUCAUUUGGCAAUACAGCUGUAUUUCUCGCAGUUUCAUGAUGUUUAUGUUAAGAAAGAGAAAGUAUACCCUGUCGCAAACUCUGUUGGAUGGUAGGCAGUGUCACUUAAGAAAUCCGCAGCUGUAGCAAAGAGAGACUGCUCAUAUCCUACAAGUCAGUAGGAAACACGUUUUGCCAAUGUCUCGACAAUCUUCAAACAUUACUUAAAUAUGUCGACUUCAACACAGUCGAACCCAGUAUUUUCCACGGACAGCAAGACUCCGCGGCGCCUUCAGCGCCAAGUAUCUUUCUCCGGAGUCGCCAGCAAAUUGAUGGAUGCCAAGAGCGAGUCUUCCAGGAAGUUAAGCCGAGAAAUCAACAAAAUGGCCAGAGUACAGGAAGAGAAGGAACGCCAGCAAAUGAGAGAGAAAGAAGUGGCGAAAGAGAAGGAGAAGAAGAAGAAAGAGGAGGAGUUUGAUCGGUCCGUUAUUACCCGUAAGCUGUCAAUCUUCGGCUCGUAUCGUAGAAUGUCGUUCCGCAUAAAAGACACAAUGUCGGAGGAGGUGAGUAAUGGCUGAGCAGCGCGCACCGUCCUCC